AUGGCGGAUUUGUCCGGCUAUCAACUUUGGAUGCUGCAGCCCAAUUGGACAACCGAGAUCUGUCAAGCCGCUGCACCAAUCUUCGUUAAUGUCACAAUCAAUGGCCAAGACCCGAGAGAUCUUAGCAUACGUGGAGUCGCUAGCUUUCUCCAGCUUUUGCCUUCCCCUUUCAAUGUCUCGACCGAGGGCGACUUAUGCGAGUGGUGGACAAACACUUGGACAUAUGACUCUGAGGUCAACAACACAGCUUUUGUGAAUAACAUCGGUAUGUGUUGCAGCUCAGAGGUGUGUUCGAAUGUCGAUUGGGGCGGUAAUCCUGAUAUCGCCGGGAUUGGAUUGAUGGUCGUUUACUAUUGGCUACUCGGCCUAACACUGUUUUUUGCAAUAGCUCUGCUCAUACCUUUUGGAAGGACCCUGUUACAGUUUGCACCCACGAAACCAUCUUCAUUCACACAGCAGCAGACCCAAGACCAGACUGAGUCCAGCGAAGAAGAAUCCGGCAGAAGCAUCAGUGAGAGAUUCUUUGAUGCUUUUGUUGGGACCAUUACCCCUUUAUUUGACUUGUGCUUGACCUUCACCAUCACAGCCGAAGUGUCAACGCUAGCAUUCCACAGCCAGGCCGUGUCUCGAUACGAAAUGGUGAUCUCGGAACUAUUAUGUUCUUGUGGUAUUGGAAAUGGUGGAUCUAAAGUCAGUGAAGCGAAGGUCCUUUCAGCUAUUGAUCAGGGUGGGCGGACGCCUGGUAUUGACUACUCCCAUCCUGUGUUGUGCAAUUAUGAUAUGGCAAACCCGAAGACGGCUUUGAAAGCCAUUUGCCAGAGAACUGGAUGGCGGUUCGAAGAUCCCUUCACGUUUGCACUAACUGCAAAUGCGAAACCUGCCAAUGUCCCAAAUAUCAAGAUCAAGUCGACAAAGCAAGUUCCGUUCGGGUCCGAGCACAGGCCAAUGCCAAUGAUCACCUUCUGA